AGCUGCUAUCAAGUCAAUCUCGGGGAAACUGACGUCGUUUUGGUGAACUCAAGCUGCGUCCUGGUGCUUUGCGGGCAUAGCAACGACGACGUUUUAGAGUUCCCCUCGCAGUUAAUCUGUCCCGAUCUUCAAUUGCCUUCCCUCUGAAGCACCUGACCGGACAUUCUCUCUCUCUCUCUCUCUCUCAAGCCACUGCGAAGCGACCAGAAGCGUACCUGAAUUGCUUCAGCAGCGGCAGGGCCAUAGCCAGUCUCUCUUCCUCUUUCUCUUUGGAUUUGUCACUCUCUCGUACACAGAGAGGCAUGACAGGUGGUCGCCGGGAUGGGCCAUUGAUGCGGAACAAUCUGCAGUCACUGCGGGGAUCGAGAAUCGCCGCGGCGAUCGCCGUCGGGAUCAUUUUCGGCUGCAUCUGCGCCUUCUUAUACCCUCGCGGUUUUUUCGUCGCCGACUCCUCCGUUCAGUCUCGUCGCCCCUUCACAAAAUCUAAUUCCCAGGUUGAAUCAUCCCUAUGUGAGACAUCAGAGCGAAUCAAUAUGAUGAAGUCAGAGUUUGCGACAGUGUCAGAGAAAAAUGCGGAGUUGAAAAGGCAGGCCAGGGAAUUGAGUGAAAAACUUAGGUUGGCUGAACAGAGAAAAGAUCAGGCACAGAAGCAGGUCUUGUUGUUGGGUGAGCAGCAUAAAGCUGGGCCUUUUGGUACUGUUAAGGGUUUAAGAACCAACCCAACUGUCAUUCCUGAUGAAUCAGUGAAUCCAAGAUUAGCAAAAAUACUUGAGGAGGUUGCUGUUCAAAAAGAGCUUAUAGUUGCUCUGGCAAAUUCCAAUGUGAAAGCCAUGUUGGAGAUUUGGUUCGCUAACAUAAAGAGAGUGGGUAUACCAAAUUAUUUAGUUAUUGCUUUGGAUGAAGAGAUUGCCAAUUUCUGUGAAGCAAAUGAUGUUCCAGUCUAUAAGAGAGACCCAGAUGAAGGAAUUGAUUCCAUUGCAAGGACAGGAGGAAACCAUGCCGUCUCAGGCUUGAAAUUUCGUAUCUUGAGAGAGUUUUUGCAGCUUGGUUAUAGUGUUCUCCUUUCUGAUGUUGAUAUAGUGUACUUGCAGAACCCUUUUGACUACCUAUAUCGAGAUUCAGAUGUGGAGUCUAUGACUGAUGGCCACAAUAAUAUGACGGCUUAUGGGUAUAAUGAUGUCUUUGACGAACCAGCAAUGGGUUGGGCUCGAUAUGCUCACACAAUGCGCAUAUGGGUUUAUAACUCUGGCUUCUUUUAUAUAAGGCCAACAAUCCCUUCCAUUGAGCUGUUGGAUCGUGUUGCUGGUCGGCUUUCUCGGGAGCCACACUCAUGGGAUCAGGCAGUUUUCAAUGAGGAACUGUUUUUCCCUUCACAUCCUGGCUAUGAUGGACUUCAUGCUGCAAGGAGAACUAUGGAUUUUUAUCUCUUUAUGAACAGCAAGGUCCUUUUCAAGACUGUUAGGAAAGAUGCUAGACUGAGCAAGUUCAAACCCGUGAUUGUUCAUGUAAACUAUCACCCUGAUAAACUUCCAAGAAUGGGAGCUAUUGUGGAAUUCUAUGUGAAUGGCAAGCAAGAUGCACUGAAAGCAUUCCCUGAUGGUUCAAGCUGGUAAAUCUUGUUUGCACUCAUUGAGAAUACCAUCCUGCAUCCUAGGUUCAGAAGGCUUGUAGAAUGUUUUUUUGGUCUAUUUUGAUAUGUAGCUCUUUAUCGAAUUCGUUUUCCAUUUUGUACUUUAUUAGAAUGCUGCUUUGAAGAGAUGGAAUGUCAUGCACAUACAUUGCUUUA